AUGGCUGCAGCACGCCUUCAAGUCUCAGCAUCCUCUGCCAUUGGUGCAAGAGAUGAAGAGUUGGGGACUGCAAGUUCUGGCCUUGUUGGAGAGAAUGAUUUGCUGAUUGUUGGUCCUGGUGUUCUUGGUCGCUUGGUUGCUGAGAAAUGGCGCCAGGAGCAUCCCGGCUGUCAAGUUUAUGGGCAGACAGUGACUACAGAUCACCAUGAUGAAUUGAUCAAGAUGGGGAUCAAUCCAUCUUUGAAAGAGACUAAAGCAACACAGCAGUAUCCUUAUGUCAUUUUCUGUGCCCCUCCUUCUCGAACCUCGGAUUACCCUGGUGAUGUAAGAGAAGCUGCUUUGAGCUGGAAUGGGGAGGGUUCUUUCUUGUUUACAUCAAGCUCUGCACCAUAUGAUUGUUUUGACAAUGGGCAAUGCGAUGAGCCCUUGGCUGUGGAGACAGUUAAACUUGUAAAAUAUGCUACAUUUGCUUUAGAACAUUUGUGGUGGAUAGUGGCUUUUUAUUCACUUAACCUUAACUGGCUACACAAAGCAGAUAGAGGUGCGCAUGUUUACUGGUUGGGGAAGGGGACUGUUGAAGUUCGCCCAGAUCACAUCCUGAAUCUUAUUCACUAUGAGGAUGCUGCUGCCCUCUCAGUUGCAAUCUUGAAGAAGAAACUUCGCAGCCGGAUUUUCUUGGGUUGUGACAAUCAUCCGUUGUCAAGGCAAAAAGUUAUGGACUUGGUCGCUAAAAGUGGGAAAUUCAACAAAAAGUUUGAGGCCUUUACAGGAACAAGUGAUCCUUUAGGCAAGAGAUUAAACAACUCUAAGACUCGCGAGGAGAUAGGCUGGGAGCCAAAAUACCCUAGUUUUGCUCAUUUUCUUGGUGUCUCAGAAUAG